AUGAUUCCAGGACCGAUCGUUGGUGUGCAUGUACGUCGCACAGACAAACUAAUCGAGGAAGCGAAAUAUCAUCCUGUAGAAGAGUACAUGGCGUGGACAGACAUCUACUUUCAGAUACAAGAUCGCUUACGGAAGCGUAAUGUGACGCGCCGAGUGUACAUCGCAUCCGACGAUCCCACGAUCCUGCCAAAAAUCAAAAAAAUGUCUGUGAUAUUGUACCCAGACUACAAGGUGUACGGUAACGUUCGUUUUGCCGAGGCAGCCGAGAAUCGCUACAACGAGCGAUCGCUACGUGGACUUCUGAGCGAUGUGGUGACGCUCAGCAAGUGCGACUACCUCGUUUGCACAUUCUCUAGCCAUUUCUGCCGAGUGGCGUACGAGCUCAUGCAAGUCCGACGUGGUGAUGCUGGCGAGAAUUUCCAUUCCCUCGAUGAGGACUACUUUUAUGGUGGACACAGGCUUCACUUGCGUAUGUCAUUACGCCUGUUAUUGCCCUUUUCCAAAUGA